CAUCGGCGGCAAGCGAAUGCCGGCGGAGCGUCAAUUCGCAAUUUAGCUAAAGCGGCGGUCGAAGUUGUUGUGUAACAAGAGAAACAACAGAGCACCCAACCAGGAAUACACUUUCCCUUAAAAGCACACGGAGGCUUUCUCUUCGUAUAUUUACGUUCUAUAUUUUUGUGUAGUGUUCUUUUAUUUUAGCCAAAAUGUUUUCCCUGGCGUCCUUUCAGCCACAGCAGAUGAUGGUCCCCCUCGGCCAGCUCGCCAGCGCUCUCCACUCCCUGAAGAACACAGCCACGGCAUCAGUGCAGGCCCUGCACAAAGAUUUCUGCCCCGAGCACGCCGCACUUACAACAGAGCCCAACACAAGCCUUCGAGAUCUGGGCCUGUCGGACAUUCAGGUCAGUCACCUGGACGAGUUGCUGGACAGGCUGCUGCCGUCGCCGGGCUCGGAGCGGCCUCCCGCCUUCCCCUCGGUGUGGAGGACCAGUCACGUUUCCGCACACAGCUUCUUUCACAACAAGCACGGGUUUGCACACAAUCGACUUUUCAGCUCGCCAAUCUUGCGCAGGUGUCACCAGAGACCUCUACAGGAAUUUUGCGCCGAGCUUCACUUUUUACCAUUGUGGCUCCAGAGUCGAGGUUUCAGGACCGUCAGAGCAAAGAGUAGACAGACGACGUCUGCUGACGAUGUUCCGGCUGAGACGGAUCCCUACACGCCGGCUUUCAUGAAGGGUUUUCUGAUGCGGGAAAAGGUAGCAGAGGUUCAGUCGUUGGACCAAGUGACAAAAAGCAAGAACCUUCCGGCGAACCAAGAGGAGGCCUUCAAGUCGGGCUUCUCCGAGGGCUUCAUGCGGUCGCAGGCCUUCACGCAGAAGACGCAAGAUUCGUUGAGGAGAACCAGGCUGGUCCUGUUGGUGCUCCUCCUGCUCGGCAUUUACGGUCUGUCCAGAGCCCCCUUCCUCUCGGGUAAAGGCUCCUUUUCUGAUGCUGUGAGGUUCCGCACCACAUCGGGCCUGGACUCGGCCAUCGACCCCGUCCAGAUGAAGCACGUGACUUUCGAGCACGUCAAGGGGGUGGAGGAAGCCAAGAACGAGCUGCAGGAAGUGGUGGAAUUCCUCAGGAGCCCCCAAAAGUUUACCGUUUUGGGUGGGAAGCUACCCAAAGGAAUCCUCCUGGUCGGACCGCCCGGCACCGGGAAGACGCUGCUAGCCCGAGCGGUCGCCGGCGAGGCGGACGUGCCUUUCUACUACGCCUCGGGGUCGGAGUUUGACGAGAUGUUUGUGGGAGUGGGCGCCAGCCGUAUCAGGAACCUGUUUAAGGAGGCCAAAGCAAACGCGCCUUGCGUCAUCUUCAUCGACGAGCUGGACAGCGUCGGCGGGAAGAGGAUCGAGUCGCCCAUGCAUCCGUACUCGAGACAAACCAUCAACCAGCUGCUGGCCGAAAUGGACGGGUUCAAGCCAAACGAGGGCGUCAUUGUCAUUGGUGCUACCAACUUUGCCGAAGCUCUGGAUAAUGCCCUGGUGCGGCCGGGCAGGUUCGACAUGCAGGUGACGGUCCCUCGGCCCGACGUGAAGGGCCGCACGGAGAUCCUCAACUGGUACCUGGCCAAGAUGAAAGUGGAUUCUGCGGUGGAGCCCGAGAUCAUCGCCCGGGGCACGGUGGGCUUCUCGGGGGCCGAGCUGGAAAACCUGGUCAACCAGGCGGCCCUGAAGGCGGCGGUGGACGGAAAGGCGCUGGUCACCAUGAAGGACCUGGAGUUCGCCAAGGACAAGAUCCUCAUGGGUCCCGAGAGAAGGAGCGUGGAGAUUGACAAGAAGAACAAGACCAUCACGGCCUACCACGAGUCGGGACACGCCAUCGUGGCCUACUACACCAAGGACGCCAUGCCCAUCAACAAGGCCACCAUCAUGCCGCGAGGACCCACGCUCGGACACGUGUCCCUGCUCCCCGAGAACGACCGCUGGAGCGAGACCAGGGCGCAGCUGCUGGCCCAGAUGGACGUCAGCAUGGGGGGGCGAGUGGCGGAGGAGCUCAUCUUCGGGGACGACUACGUCACCACAGGCGCAUCCAGCGACUUUGAUGGCGCCACCAAAAUCGCUAAUCUGAUGGUGACCAGGUUCGGCAUGAGCGACAAGCUUGGAGUCAUGACCUACGGGGACGUUUCCAAGCAAAGUCCGGAGACGCAAGCCGCCAUCGAACAGGAAGUCAGGUUGCUGUUGAGGGACUCGUACGAGCGGGCCAAGAACCUCCUGCAGAUGUACAAAAAGGAGCACGAGAAGCUGGCCGACGCCCUCCUCAGGUAUGAGACUCUGGAUGCAAAAGAGAUCCAGAUGGUUCUGGAGGGAAAACCGCUGGACCACUAAGAAGCUUCCAUGGCUCCCGGCGGAGAUGGUACUGUACAUAACCACGGGAUUCUUGGACAACGCUUUUUCUAGUCUUUUUGAAGUAUAAUUCCAUGAAAUCUUGAGGUUGGAUUGGACAACAAACUAUCAAAUACGCACGUCUCGAUAAGUGCCGCUUCUAUUUAUUUACCACGGAAGCUUCGGGGUACCUCGGCCAGAAGGUGUCAUUUUGUAUUGACGGGCGCGUUUGCUCCUUUUAUUUAUUCAAGUGCCCCCUCCCUCAGUUUUCCCCACGUUAGUCAUCGCGUGUUGCUCAAAUAAAGGUUACGUUUGUCCAAACUGACAACAGUUGCUCAUUAUGAAUUGAAGAACCGACCCCCACCCCCCAAGUAAUUGGCUGCCGUUACCAAAACCCGCAAUUAGUUCCGCUCACGGGGACCUCCUUGGGUCCUGUUUGGUCGCCCCGCCUCCUCUCGGCUGUUUGCUUAAUAAAUGGGGGGGAAAGGUGACUUCUUCUGACUUUCCGACUGAAGCAUCAAUGGCUGCGGAAGGCGACAUCGCCGUCAUCGGGAUUGGCUGCAACUUCCCCGGAGGUAAACGUGACUUUUUUUGGACUCCCGUUUUCCUGCAAAUGUCAUGAAACUUCCCCGGCGUGGAGCUUGCUUGUGUCAUACCCACUUUACGACUUCAGAUCUUUUAGAUUUAUCACUACUGUAUAGUUCUGUUUGCAUCCAACUGUACGUUUUUGGGGGGGUUAUUUGUGUUGAUUUUGGCCAAUUGGCAUUUUGUGAAAACAAACAAAGAAAAAAAAAUAAUAAUAAAUUCAACAAACAAGAAGAGUCCAUUUGCUUUGAUUUCACUUUUGUGACCUGGAACAGGGGAUAAUCAACACAGACCAAUAAAAAGCA